UAAAGAACAUCAUCCCCUUUUAAUUUGUCAGCAUUUUUCAGUUUAUGGGCAUUACUUACUUGUUGAGUUUUCUUCCCUUUCAAAAUGUAUAACUUUGGUCGUUUGAUCUCUUCCUUUGCCUUUUCUAUGACAUUCAUAAUCUUCUUCUUUUGCCUUUUGUUUCCUGUUCAUGGCCGUUGGCAUAACCAUGCAAAGAAACACAAACAACAUUCUCACCAUCAUGACCAUUUCACCAUUUCCCAACCUCCUUCUCCUUCCCCUUCGUCAGAACCAGCCGGGAGUCCUCCGGAAGACAAUGGAGGGCCGUCAUCGUCGUCCAUCAACUCCACUAGCAUUUUUGAUGUACGUCAUUUUGGCGCCAUUGGAGAUGGCACUGCGGACGACACGGCCGCGUUCAAGAUGGCAUGGGACACAGCAUGUCAAAGGAAUGACGAUGACAACAACGACGACUAUGGAGUUAUUCUCGUUCCCUAUGGCUUCUCCUUUAUGAUUCAGUCGACUAUUUUCACAGGACCGUGCAAAAAUGGCGUUGUGUUUCAAGUUGAUGGCACUCUUAUGGCACCUGACGGGCCUGACGCUUGGCCGAAGGGUUAUAGUGCUCACCAAUGGUUGGUUUUUUAUCGAGUUUAUAACAUGUCACUUCAAGGAAAUGGCCUUAUUGAUGGUCGAGGCCAAAAAUGGUGGGAUCUUCCUUGCAAACCUCACAAGGGGAAAACAAUGACAGGACCUUGUGACAGCCCAAUUGCUAUAAGAUUUUUCAUGAGCUCAGAGUUGAGAGUUGAAGGAGUUAGAAUCAAAGACAGUCCUCAAUUCCAUUUUAGGUUUGACAACUGUAAAGAUGUUUAUAUUGAUUCUCUUCACAUAACAUCUCCUGCUUUGAGCCCAAACACUGAUGGAAUCCACAUUGAGAAUACAAAUGGUGUUCAGAUUUUCAAUUCAAUAGUUGCCAAUGGUGAUGAUUGUGUUUCAAUUGGAUCGGGUUCAUUUAACGUAGAAAUAAGAAACAUUACAUGUGGACCAGGUCAUGGAAUUAGCAUUGGUAGUCUAGGGAAUCACAACUCACGAGCGUGCGUAUCGAACAUAACAGUUCGGGACUCAAUAAUUAAGGUCUCAGACAAUGGUGUUCGAAUCAAGACAUGGCAAGGUGGAUUUGGUACAGUAAGAGGAGUAAGUUUCAACAAUAUUAACAUGGAUAACGUUAGAAAUCCUAUAAUAAUUGACCAAUUCUAUUGCCUCAACAAAGGAUGUCUCAAUCAAACUUCAGCUGUGGUUGUAUCAGAUAUAAGCUAUAUUGACAUCAAAGGAACUUAUGAUAUUAGAAGCCCACCAAUGCAUUUUGGUUGUAGUGAUUCUAUGCCUUGUAUGAACCUAACACUUGCCAAUAUUGAGCUUUUUCCUUCUAGAGGUGACAUCUUGUUGGACCCCUUUUGUUGGAAUGCUUAUGGGAAUUUGCAAACCCUAACAAUACCACCAAUUUCUUGCUUGCUCGAAACCUCCUCAAGGUCUUUCUUGGAAAGUGAAAAGGAUUAUUGUUAACCUUCAUCAUUUGACAUACCAAUUACUUUGUAACAUAUAGUCAAAAUGUAUAUCACUACUUGAGAUGUGUGCUAAUUAAGGAGAGUGAUUUUGAAAAGAUCUCCUUAAAAGUGAAUCUCUACAGAAUGAUAUUAUAAUAUAUGUCUCUUUAUGAUAUCUAUUUUUUUUUUACCUUGUAAGCCAAA